UCAUCAUCUCAAGAUGUUACACAUAGGAGUGAAUUUGAGGUUGAAGAGCUUCUUAACUAUGAUGAUGUCAUUGAUUCUCAAGAAGGACUUAAAGAGAAAGACAGGAUUUUGAAGCUUCCAGGGCAACCCCAAGUGAAGUUUUCUCAGUAUGGAGGCUAUGUUACAGUUGACAAAUCCAAUGGCCGUGCCUUUUAUUACUACUUUGUUGAAGCUCAAAAUUCUAAGGAUACAUUGCCUCUUCUUCUUUGGCUCAAUGGAGGUCCAGGGUGUUCAUCUCUUGCCUAUGGAGCAAUGCAAGAACUUGGACCCUUCAGAGUAAAUAGUGAUGGCAAAACACUCUACAAAAAUAGAUAUUCAUGGAACUAUGCUGCAAAUGUUUUGUUCCUGGAAUCACCUACUGGGGUAGGAUUUUCUUACUCAAACACAUCAUCAGAUUACAAGACAAAUGGGGAUAAGAAAACAGCAGCAGAUAAUUAUUUGUUCUUGGUGAAUUGGUUGGAAAGGUUUCCUGAAUACAAGAAUAGAGAAUUCUAUAUUUCUGGAGAGAGUUAUGCUGGACAUUAUGUUCCUCAACUUGCACACACUAUCCUUUACCAUAAUAAAAGGGCAAAAAGGACAAUCAACAACCUCAAAGGAAUAUUGAUUGGAAAUGCAGUGAUUAAUGAUGACACUGACAACAAAGGAAUGUAUGAUUUUCUUGCUACCCAUGCAAUCAUCUCAGACCAAACAGCAUCUGAUAUUGAAAAAUUUUGUGAUUUCUCAUCCUCAAAGACCACAAGUGAGUGUGAUGAUGCCGCUUAUGAAGCUGACAAGAAUAUUUACUACAUUGAUUUGUACAACAUUUAUGCUCCUGACUGCAAGAAUAACAAUCUCACUGCUUAUCCUAAGAAACCUUCUAUUGUGACUGAUCCAUGUAGUGAGAGUUAUGUACAUGCAUAUAUGAAUAGGGAAGAUGUUCAAGAAGCACUCCAUGCAAAUGUCACUAAGCUCGUAUAUGAUUGGGAGCUAUGCAGUAAUGUCAUUGGAAGAUGGGGUGAUAGCUCCACAACAGUCCUUCCCCUUUUACAUGAAUUCCUCAAUAAUAACCUUAGAGUUUGGAUUUUCAGUGGUGACAUAGAUGGAAGGGUGCCAGUGACUUCAACCAAGUAUUCCAUUAAGAAGAUGAACCUUCCCAUCAAAACUAAAUGGCAUGCUUGGUUUGCCUAUGGAGAGGUUGGUGGCUACACUGAAGUUUACAAAGCAGGCCUAACAUUGGCUACAGUGAGAGGAGCAGGGCAUCAAGUACCAAGUUACCAACCAGCAAGAGCUCUCUCUUUGAUCAUGCAUUUCUUAAAUGGCACCCCUCUUCCUGAUACUAAAAGAUAUCAGUAGUUUUUCUUGUAAUCAUGCUUUCAAUAAAAACUAAUAAUUGUAGUUGGGGCCUAGUUUUUAUUUAUUCCCCCAAAGAAAGCAAAAUUCAAUCAAAAUUGGAUUUCUUUGGUUCCAUUAUUUCUUGUAACAAAACAAGCCUUCACUUUGAAAUGAAAUAGCAAUAUUUUUUACUCUAA